UAAAUUUACUUUGCUGAUUCGAAGGAAGUGACGCUUUGUCACAUAAUAUCCACGUUUUGUUCACACCUUCGGCUGGGCACAUGCGACACGAUCGGCUUCAGCAUGGCGGCUGAGAAUUUGCAACUCGAAGCAGCUUUCUUGGCAUUCAACGCCGAGUUUGCAAGGAAUGGAUUUGGACAGGCGCCCGCAGGACUUUUAAGUAUUCUGAGGCAUUUUCGCCUCCGAGAAGGGGAGAAAGUUAGCGAAGGCCGCGCCAGGCUUUACAAGCGCCUCUGGUGCUUACUGUGGUUUGGAAGUAAGAAGACAUUGGGGGCCGGCCUUCCGCGAUGGCCGACGUACGUUUACCCGGAGAGCCUGAAAGCGAUCGUCAGGCUCAUUGUUCCGGGUAGCGUACAAGAUUUUGAGGACCCGGACCACGAUUCGGUAUACAAGAUCAACAUUGCAAUUUUGGCCGAGGCAAAGUGGCCAAAGACGAAGUAGAAACGAGAUGAUUCGAAUCUAUUUUUAUUGAUUUUAUUGAUUUAUCUACAUUGUAUUAGUUACUUUUCUAUAAAAAGUGUUUUCAAUAAACCCAUAAAAUACACUUUAGCGUAUAACACUUUAUUACGCUCUAUUUCCUUUGUUUGCUUUUGUCUUCCCUUGACUGUCAUGUAUAAACUUGACUAGAACAUCUAUCAUAUUUUGUAUGCUGUAUAAAAUGCAUAAUAAACUUGAACAUGUUGUGCAA